AUGUUAUUUGAAGAUGAAGAGGAGGGUUUCAAGGUACUUGAACUUGACGGAACAGUCUUUCCAACACCAUUAUUCAAGACUGAAGCAGAACUGCAGCAAAGAUUUUCGUACGUGAAGAAUUUACCGUACAAGGCUGGAGACGUAUUGCUCUGUAGUUAUCCGAAAACAGGCACGCACUGGACGAUGAACCUUUUACAUUAUCUGAUGUUUGACGGUGAUUUGGAUGAUACGAUGUCCUACCCACCUGUCGUUAUAGAUUUCUUUGAUAUAGAGGGAGAGGUACAGAGGGAAGGCAGGAGGAUUCUGAUGUCCCAUUUUCCACCAAAGCGUCUCCCUAUAGAACAUUUUGCAAAUGGCGGAAAAACGAUUCUGGUAUUUGGCGAUUUCAAGUUAUCCUGGGAAAAACUGUUAAAGUAUUGGCUUCAAGGGAAAUUCCCUUUGGGUUCUUACUUUGAGUACUACAACAGCUGGCAGGAAGAAAUUAACCGGAAACCUGAUCUAGAUAUUCUGAUUGUACAAUAUGAAGAUCUAAAAAGGAACAGUCUACAAGAAGUUCGUCGUAUUCAGAAAUAUUUGUGUUUGAAUCACUCUGAUGAACGCCUUGAAGCUGUGUUGAAGAAAUGCUCCCUGGAGACUCUAAAAGCUGAUGUAGACAGUGGGAAAGUAAAAACACGUUUAAUUGAUGAAGAUGGAAAGUCUGUACUGUACAGGAAAGGGAUUAUUGGAGACUGGAAGAACCAGUUUACAGUCGCGCAAAAUGAAAUGUUUGAAUCAAUAGUGAAUGAAAAAUUGCAUAACAGCAUAUUCAACUACAAGUCAUGGAACUGAGUAAAAACAGAUAUCUCUUUUUUCUGUCAAAAUGUUUGAAUAUAAACUAAAAGUAAACAAGUCCCUUAUAACCUUUUACAAGCAUAUUUGUACUGUAUAUUCCAUAUACCAUACUCUUUUUUUAUAUUUACAUUUCAAAUUGUUUAUUAAAAGAAAUGAUGGAUUUUAUUGAAAGCUUUCAAUGAUUCCAUUAAUGAGAAUUUCCUUUAAGUUUCCCUAUUACGGAAAUACACUUAACGCGACAGUACAGGUAACCUAGGACUCUUAAAAUAUAUAUGAAUUUGAAAGUGUGCGCUCUACUGAAUUAACUAUAAGUAAAAUUAUACUUUGACCUUCAUAAAUGAUCUUUGGGCCAGUUUAUAGACUAAGGUGGACCUGGUAUUCGGAUCAGCUCUAUCCCCGGCCGCGUCAUACCAAGACGUAAAAAAUGACACUAGUCUCUUCCUAGCUUGGCCCUCAGCUUAAAUAGGACAGCUCUAGGACUGGUCAGCCCGGUGUUAGUAUAAUGUGACGGGAUCGGGUAUCAUGUCACGUGUCUACGGCGUGAUAUUUCAGUGAGGCAAAACAAUAAAGCUGGGCAUUGUGCUCACUCCUGCAAGUAGACACCGUCAUUUAUAUGACUGAAAUAUUGUUGAAAAAGACGUUAAACCCGAACACACACAAACACACCCCCACAAGCACACACACACACACACACACACACACACACACACACGGAUCAUGUCGGCUAGUGAUUUUUGUAAGAAAUUAGCUGAGUUGCAAACAAAUACUGCACAGAGUAUUGGUAAGAGUGUUAGCAGUAUAUAUAUGGCAUGCACAUAGCGUGAAGGUUCGAACCCCAGAUGAUUGUUUUUAGUGUAUUUCUAAUUAUGAUUCAAUAAGUAUGUAUCAUAUUUUAUUGUAUUGAAUUUAAUAUUUGCCGUUAAAAUAUUGUGAAUUAUUUUUACUUCA